UGUCACAUGACCUACGCAGAGCUGAUCAUGUGACUCCGUGCGUCAACACUGCUGACUGACCAAAUGCAUGACGUCUCUCUGACUGACGGGCUGAAGUCGAUCCAGUUCUAAGAGACACCAGAGUUAAAAAUGAAGCUGCGGGUGGAAACUCUGGGUGUCCUCUUUCUCUGGGCCUGUGUGGACCUGGCUGUCUCCCGCCGCUGCUCGUCGUCCUUCUUCUGCCGGAAGUCCCACCGCGUGAGCGGCGCGAACGGCGUGGACCCCGGGUCUCCCCUCUUCCUCACCCCCUACGUGGAGAAGGGCGCCAUAGAUGAAGCCAGGAAGCUGAGUCUGGUCGGAGAUCUGCCAGGCGCCAACGUCAAGAGUUACGCCGGGUACCUGACCGUCAACAAGAAGUACCAGAGCAACCUCUUCUUCUGGUUCUUCCCCGCCCUGAUGGCCAAGCAAGAGAACGCUCCGGUCCUGCUGUGGCUGCAGGGCGGCCCCGGUGGCACCUCCAUGUUCGGUCUCUUUGUGGAACACGGACCAUAUGUGGUGUAUAAGAACUUGACUGUUGGUUUGAGGGAUUAUGCUUGGACAUCCAGGUACUCCGUUUUGUACAUUGACAACCCGGUCGGAACCGGUUUCAGCUUCACCAAGUACGACGAAGGUUUUGCUCAAAACCAGGAUGACGUUGGCAGAGAUCUGUACAGUGCUUUAACACAGUUCUUCCAGAUAUUUCCUGAGUAUCAAUCCAAUGAGUUCUAUGCUACUGGAGAGUCUUAUGCAGGGAAGUAUGUUCCUGCCGUCUCUUACUACAUCCAUAAAAACAACCCCACAGCCAAAGUGAAAAUAAACUUCAUGGGGAUGGCUAUUGGGGACGGGCUCUGUGAUCCAGAACUGAUGCUGGGUGGUUACGGUGACUUCAUGUACCAAACCGGCAUGAUUGACGAACACCAACGCCAGUACGUCGUCCAGCAGACCGACUUGGGGGUCACACUCAUCCAGCAGCAGAAGUGGGUGGAGGCUUUUCAGGUUUUUGACAGCUUGCUGAAUGGCGACAUAGAUCCGUAUCCCUCCUUCUUCCAAAACGCCACCGGCUGCACUAACUACUACAACUACAUGACCUGCCAGGAGCCUGAGGACCAGCAGUACUUCUCCCAGUUUGUGACCCUGCCGGCAGUGCGACGGGCCAUCCACGUGGGGAACCUGACCUUCCACGACGGCUCGGAGGUGGAGAAGCACCUCGUGCAGGACGUGAUGAAGAGCAUCAAGCCGUGGCUCGGGGUGUUGAUGGAGCACUAUCGGGUCCUAAUGUACAGCGGUCAGCUGGAUGUCAUCGUAGCAGCGCCGCUGACCGAGAGGUUCCUGCCGACGGUCAACUGGACCGGAGCGGCCGAGUACAGGACGGCCCCUCGUUACCACUGGAAGGUUCAGCCCAGCGACACAGAGGUGGCCGGUUACGUGAGACAAGUGGGAGAGUUUUACCAGGUGAUCAUCCGAGGAGGAGGACACAUUCUGCCUUACGACCAGCCGGCGAGGUCCUUCGACAUGAUUGACAGAUUCCUUUCAACACGGGGCUGGAUAUGAAGUGUUUUGGUUCUGAAAAGAAGGACCAAGGCACCUCCACUUCAAAGAGCAUAUUUUUAAUUACUGAUUUGAGAGACUGUCUAUUGUCUAAUCAGCACAUUGUUGAAUUUUCAAGGAUUUUAGCAGGUGGCAUUUGCUUUGGAAAUUCAAUAAGUUGUUUUAACGUGGAGCCACCAAAGUCCUAUUAUGAGAACAAAGUUCUGUAAAAACAUCUCAUGUUUAUAAUUGCGUGAAGGGAAUAUAAUCUGUGGCAUUCAAUCUGAACAUGCUUCCUGAUGACGAGAACACCUUGAAACUUGAUUCAAUUUGAAAUAAAAGUUCUGAGUGCCCUAAUAAUUGUUGAAGGGCGACCAAUGAGUUUUAAAGUGUUGAUGAUGAUUUGACAUCUGUCGCAUUGUUCAGCUGAUGGCGCAUUUUGGGAAGCUUUUAUGUCCCCUCAAACAGUUUGGUUGGUCUAGGAAAUGUCCACCAGGGGUCACUGUGCCUAAAGAAAUGUUAUGCCAGAAAUAAAACAAUAGAAUUUUACAAACAUC